GAGAAGAAAAUAACCAUUCCCUUCCCCGGCGGCUCGCCCCCGCCCCAACACCUCCCCUUCCCCGCCGCAGCCAGGCCCGGAGUUCCCGCCUAUAUAAGCGGCUGCGCCGGGGCUGGCGGCGAUGGAGUAGUUCGUGGAUACGGCGGGAGCGCAGGGACGGGACGGGGGCGGGCGGGCCAGCCGCGGAAAACUUGGACACCCCGCCGCUCGCGGGCUGCUGCCGCCCGGGGAGAGCCGGGGCAGCGGCUCCGGGGGGGGAAGACACCUCGGCUUCUGGGACGGAGAGACAGUGAAAUAGGAGGCCUCCCACAGCGGCGGAUCCUUCCUUUUCAUCUGCUCCUGCACCCUUCGGGUCAGACUGCAAUGAGUGGACUGAGGUCUCCUGGGCUGCUAGGGCUGGUGCUCUUAAUGCUCUCAGCAGGAUAUUGUAAAGAGAAAACUGACUCCGCAGAUUUGAGGGAGAGGCAAAGUCUCUUAAAUCUCAUCAUGGAGAUCAUUCAGGAACUGAAAAGGUACCACCUGGAGAAGGACAGUGGGGUGCAGUACUUCUCCAAGCAUGACUAUAACUUAGAUCGCAGGGAAGUGGCCGACUACGGGGGAUACCAGGACGAGCAGAGAGUCGAAAUAGUUCCCAGAGAUCUGAGGAUGAAAGACAAAUUUUUAAAGCAUUUGACAGGUCCACUCUACUUUAGCCCAAAAUGUAGUAAACAUUUUCAUCGGCUUUAUCACAAUACAAGGGACUGCACCAUCCCAGCAUACUAUAAAAGAUGUGCCAGGCUUCUUACUCGGUUGGCAGUAAGCCCAAUGUGCAUGGAAGGAUAAAGAUGUUAUUACCAUGAAAAGAAACACCAAGAACCAAGAGAAGUGCCUUGGAAACCAACAGGGAAAUAGAACUUACUACCUUUAUAACAUAUUCCAUUGUG